CUGUCCCCUCUCCUCUCUCUCUCUCUCUCUCUCUCUCUCUCUCUCUCUCUCUCUAAAAACGUGUGCUUCUUCUUCAUGAUGCUCGUCGGAUCAACGCUCCCAGCUCACAACCUGAACCUGUUUCAGGCCAGAAGAGCCAGCUUCAGAAACUACACGUCUGCAUUAAACACCUCAACGAGAGCUCCAUCCUCUUGUUCUUAUUCAGCUGUCUCCAUUAAAAGGUCUAACUCCACCGAGUUGACUCGGCUCCACCUCGCCAACCUCGACAAGCUCCUCCAAACCCCACCUCCGCCCCAAACCCAACUCGACCCACAACCCGAUAUCCAAAUAGACAAAGACCCGAAUAAUAGUGGGUCGCUCGAAAACAAGGGAAGGAGGCUUAUGGAAGGGCUCAGUCUUUCUCGGUUGUGGACGCAAGUGAAAGGCGCCGCCGAAGACAUGUCUCCGAGACACCUCAAUCGCCUGCAGCGCCUCCUGUCCAAGACUGGAGAGUACUCUCCCAGAAAUAAUCUCAGCACCCGGUGGCGCGAGUAUCACGGUUCAAACAACUGGGCCGGACUACUUGACCCGCUGGAUGAGAAUCUCAGGCGAGAGGUCGUCAGAUACGGUGAGUUUAUCCAGGCGGCUUAUCAUUCCUUUCAUUCGAAUCCGGCGAUGUCGGCAGAGGAGGCUCAGUUGCCUCGCCAAGUGGCGCUUCCCGAUAGGUCUUAUAAGGUAACCAAGAGCCUUUACGCCACGUCAUCAAUCGGGUUGCCCGAUUGGGUUGAUGAAGCGAGGCCGGAUCUCAGUUGGAUGACCCAGCGGUCGAGCUGGGUUGGGUACGUGGCCGUUUGUGAUGAUAAGAGGGAGAUCGCACGGAUGGGCAGACGCGAUAUUGUCAUUGCCCUCCGUGGAACGUCGACGUGUCUUGAAUGGGCUGAGAAUUUAAGGGCUCAGCUCAUUCAGAUGCCCUCGACCGAGGAAGGUCACCAGCAAAGCGGAGCAAGAGUGGAAUGCGGAUUUUUGAGCCUCUACAAAACACGCGGGGCCCACGUACCGAGCCUCGCCGAGUCAGUGGUUGAAGAGGUCAAUAGGCUGAUGGAGCAAUACAAAGGAGAGACAUUAAGCAUAACUGUGACAGGACACAGUCUUGGUGCUGCCUUAGCCUUGUUAGUAGGCGAUGAGCUUAAAACAUGUGCCGAGAACAUGCCGUCGGUGGCGGUUUUCUCCUUUGGAGGCCCCCGCGUAGGUAACCGAGGAUUCACAAAGCGAAUGGACGACAAGAAUGUGAAGGUAUUGAGGAUUGUCAACUCCCAAGAUGUGAUCACCAGGGUUCCAGGUAUUUUCGUAGGCGAAGGAGUACUCGAGGAGAAGCUGAAGAACGCAAAGGCCGGAGGAUUCAUUGACAUGAUCGACAGGAACAUGCCGUUGGCUUACUCACAUGUUGGGACAGAACUACGGGUUGACACAAAAAUGUCGCCUUACUUGAAGCCCAAUGCAGAUGUGGCUUGCUGCCAUGAUUUGGAGGCAUAUUUGCAUUUGGUGGAUGGGUUUUUGGCAUCUAACUGUCCUUUUAGAGAAAAUGCUAAGAGGAGUUUAGUGAGGUUGCUUCAAGAUCAAGGAUCUAAUGUGAAAAAAUUGUACAUAAGCAAGGCAAAUAAUUUGACUAGUUUAAAUCUUGAAAGAGAGUUUUCUCAAAAAAAUCUUGAAAGAGAGGGACUGAUGGCUACUUGUUUGCCUAGCCCAUCUUAAAUUUACACAUAAAUAAAACUUUGCACAUAUCUAUGUACUUCUGGCCUAAAUUCUCAAAAUUAUGCCUAUGGUAUCUUGUGCU